AUGUCCGGCUUGGUGGUUGACACGUUACCCCACAUAUCCUCCAAACGUUUGCGAAGUCGUGGGGUAGCCUUUGACACUGUUGUGGAUGUGCAAAAGAACGAAGGCAGAUCCGACUGGGCAAGGCCGCCAUUCUCACUUGGCGAAGGCUGGUCAGCCCUCUUCAUAACCGACAAGCCUACUUACCACACAGGUGAGUCCCUUGUCUCUGCCAUUGCGCGCACUCUUCUGGGCUCCGAGAACCCCGGAGUGCUUCAGCAGUUAGCCAAAGGGACUGCCAGAGUUUUCCUCGCCUGGCUAGUUGCCGAAGCAACCGCGCCGGACGACGACCUCCGAAAGCUCCAACUGCUGGCUGCCAUGGCAGAUAUGAUGCCUGACGUAGAGAAUCCCGGUGACCUUCAGGUGCUGUUUCAAAAGGAAGGGUUGCCGGCUUUGACCCGACUUUUCAAUCACGUCCCAUCUUGCGGGCGACCUUUGUUUCGAACCAAAGACGGAUAUAUUGGCGUUGGUCCGUGUCUAGUCCAGCCUGGUGACGUCUGCUGCGUCUUGUUCGGUGGGAAAGUGCCCUUCAUCCUUCGGCCCAUCGACGACCAUUUUAUCCUGAUUGGAAAGUCGUACAUGCAUGGUGCCAUGAACGACGAGAUCAUAGAUCGACUUGAUUCUGGAGAGUUGGAGGAGCGGCUGUUUGUGAUUGAGUGA